GCGCUAGUUGCCGCUGGAGAGUCGUGAGAGUAAGAGCUACGGUCGGUAGGCUCUCGGUUUAUUUGCGACUAAGCAUUGUAUUUGUGCACUGGCAAUACAAAUUCGUUUAUUUGUGAAGCGUUUUGCGUUGUGAUUCUUAACAGUAUCAUUUGUGGCCCAAAGAGCUGACGGAAAUGCUAAGACUUUACAUUGUCUCCCUACUCUUAAAAGUGCAGAAUUAAGAAAGUUUAUACUAAAAUGAAAUUAUAGGUUGGUUGACUUUUGUGGUGUACAUCAACCACAACUCUUAAGUUUGAAGCUGGAGGUGAAUUUCGUUCCAAAAUCCGAUGUGUCAACUGUUAUGCACGCAUGGCAUCCGCUACUGUCUUUGUGCAACAUCAACGGCAAUGCGUAAGGAGAUAUCAGGGAACAGAUUAUGAAGAAUCGGAUUCGGACUCCAUUGACAUUUUGAAUGACACUAUUCCUAAUUCACCCGAUGUUCACGUCGAUGAAGAACAACAUGUUCAACUGGAGUUUACGGAUCAUGAUAAUCACGUCGAGGAAGAACAAAAUCUUCAACUGGGGAAUAUGGCUAACGUGACUCCUCAUUCUCAUCAAACAAUUAGAGGCCCUAACGUGUUGGUUACGCGUGAUGUGGAGGACGUUGCCAUUCCGGUUGUGCAAGUAACGAUGGAUAGGAUAUCGCCUGAAAAUCGUCGAAAAAGCUGUCUAUUGGCAGCAGAAAAUAGAUUGCGACAGUCUGGCCCUCCAUUACCUACAUUGUGGGAGGAAAUCACGGCGUCGAUGGAUGUGGUUUCAAGUGCAACUGCUGCUCCUUUAGCAAUCGAGAAAUUGAAAUGCCAUCGAGAGACUGUACUAGAAAAUGGCAAGAAUAUGGUGGUUAUCAGACGAGGGCAAUAUCUGGUCCAUGAUUUUAUUGCUAAAAUGAGAACGUCUGAAUUUAACUUACACCGGAACAAGUUAAUUGAUGUCACCUUCUUGAUGCAAAAUGAAAACGGAACACAAACCCAGGAAUUAGGAGUCGGAGUAGGACCCUUAAAAGACCUAAUGUCUACUUUGGUAGAACAAUUUGUACUCAACAGAUUGUCAACUUUGUUCAAUGAUGGCACCGUCGAACCAUCUCUCUACCAUUUCACUCGAGAAGAGUGUAAUAUGGAAAUGUAUCUUGCCGGCCAAGUUUCCGGGCUUGCAAUGGUACAAACUUUCCUAUGUCCCUGGUGGACACUACCAUUCUUUAAUCGACUGAUGGACAUUCAAAAACCAGAUUCCACUUUACACCCGUUUCUGGCUGGUUUGGACUCACAGUAUAAAGUAUCUAAGAUUUUAUCAUAUCCAGAAUGUGCGACAUUGUUCAACAGGCACCCUUUAACACCGGAGCACAUAAUGGCAAUAUUGAAUUGGUCCGAAAUGAAAUUAAAGAAAAAUACAACUCUGAAACGGGCAGAAUCAGAAUGCCAGAGUUGGUUCGCUGACUGGCUUCAAAAGCUGCUACCAGAUGAUUUGUCAGAAGUUCUCCUAUUCCUGACCGGAUCAAAAAUAAUUCCGGCCAAUUGGAAUGACCAUCAAAUAAAAGUGAUUUUUCUGCAUCUAGAGGAGAAUGAAAAAAGGCGACCAACGAUUAGGACCUGCCCUGCUUUUGCAGAGCUCAAGUUCCCUGUUUUUGUUACAAGUGAGGAAAUCGAAGAGGUUUGGAUUGAUGCUGUGAAACAAGUCAAGUUUGGGUUUACCUUUGCCUAAGCUCACAUUUCUCUGUGAUUCAAAACAGUUUGCGUUUUUAAAGUGUUUCCUUUUAAAAGUGAUUUGAAUCAUCUUCUCUUGAACUCAGUGCUUUAUUCCACUGAAUUUCUAAUUAAAAUUUAGUGAACACUUGUUUUUUUAAACAAGUGAUAUACCUCAUCAUGGUAAAAUUGUGUCAAAAAAUGUGUUUUGAAGUGUCCUGUCUCAUGCGAAAGUGUCGUUUUCGAACGGCCAUUAAUGAAUGAGUGUUUUUUUUUCCUUUUUUUCUUUCUUCGUAAUUUAAAUGCUUAUGCGAAAAUAAACGAGUCGUUAAAAAAAAUUCCAA